CUACAGGAGCCAACGGAAUGGUUCUAUGGUGUGCCGUCAAAUGGACGUCCCUGUGGCACGCAGAGACACUGCGAUCAUCUCGGCGCUUCCUGCCAUUUGAUCGACCAUUCGCAUGCCGUAUCUUGCAGUCGUGUCGUGCCGUUUUCGAUGCUGGCCAGCCUAACGUCACGGUUAUCAGCUUAAGUGUUACGGAACGUAGCGAAAGAAAAGAGAGUCGGUGUGAGUGAUCCACGUGCAUCCUGCCCCCGGUUUCCGUGUCAGACGGACGCCCCUCGCUAGAGCAUCGACAGUUGACUAGUGCUGCGUACCAUGGCUGGCGCGCGGAAAGGAAAGAAGAAGGGCGCCAAGGCGGCUCAGGACGCUCCAGUGGCAGCCUCUGCCAAGGGCAAGGCGGCCAGGGCUCAGGAAGGCACACCGCCGAAAGAGCAGCUUCACGACGGGCCGUCCUUGGCCGUGCUGCCGGACGCCGUGCUGCUGCAGAUUCUGUCCUGGCUGCCCGUCGAGGACCUGCUGAGGGCGGCGCGGGUGUGUCGCCGCUGGAGGAAGCUGACAGCGCGACCCGAGGCGUGGCGGCACGCGGACGUGGUGAUGACGUCAUCGACCUGCAAGAAGCAGGUGUGGCUGCUGGAGCGCGCGCCGCAGCUGCGCUUGCUGGACAUGAGCGGCCUGGCCACGGCCGACGACUGGGGCUUCGAGCACGACGAGGCAGUGUGGGACGCGUGGGAGCGCCUCGACUGCAUGGACUGCCCGGCCAGGCAGCUCGACAUCCGCGUGGAGCGGGACGGCUGUGCCAAGAUCGGACUGCUGGAGAAAUGGGGCCCGAAGCUGGAGAGGCUCAAGCUGCGCCUGGGCACCUGGUUCAGCCAGUUCGGUCGCGAGCGCGGACAGCUCCACGUCGCCAUCAAGGAAGUCGGCAAGAUGGACCUGCUGACCCACCUGGACCUGACGUACGAGCUGCACAAGGGGGCGCACGGCGGCUACGACAAGGAGCUGGGCAAGGGAUGCCCCUCCCUGGUGUCCUUCACUUUCCACUUCCCCACCGUGCAGGACUACAAGCACUGGAAGGAGGUGGUGCUGGACGUGCUGACCCACAAGAGCGGCCAGCUGACGGAGCUGGCGCUGCUGGCCUCGGACAAGUGCCCCGAGGUGCCCGCCGAGCUGUGGCCUGCCAUCGGCCGGUGCACGCAGCUGCGCCGCCUCGCCGUGCCGACGCCGCCGGGCCUGGCCGUGGUCGGGCAACUGCCGCUGCUCCGGGACUUGUCGCUGCAGCCGUCCAAGAACGCGUCCCUGCCGAGGAAGACCCGCGAGGCGCUGCUGUCGGGGCACGCCGUGCUCGGGGCACUGCAGCGGCUGGAACUGCAGUUGCCGCCCCCCAUGCGGGGAUCCGCGGACCGCAUGGCUGCCUUGCUGGAUGAGCUGCUGAGCAGGAUUUGCAGCGAGGUGCGCUGCCUGAGCCUGACUGGAGGCUGCUACCCCGCCGCCGUGAUGGCCGGCCUGCUGAAGGACGUCACCAGGAUGCCCGCUUUGACCGAGCUCCGCCUGUGUGCUGUCAAAGACAUCGAGUCGGAGCACCUGGGCCAGUUGGCUGCCUCAGGCCGCUUGAAGGUGGUUUGUCUCAAAGACAUCUCGAUGAAGUUGGAAGCUUCGCUGGAGUCGUCAUUGAGCGCGUUGGGCCGCUCCCUGCACCUCAAGAUCCACUAGAGUCGACCAGGAAUCUCCUCUCCCACUCUUGUUUUUUUUCUGACUGAUUAUGUUAAGUAAUGUCACUUUUCAAACAAUUGUGACCUCCAACUCGGCGCUUUGGGCCUCAAUGGCGAUUCCAAUUUAGUGUGGAAGUGUUAACAUUCUUUCUGUUUAUCUUGUUAAUUUUUGUUUUAGCUAUGUUGAUUUUAGACUGAAUUUAUCAUCGUUUUGUGUUGUUUGUUUUUUAAGUCUGAUUAAUUUUAAUGGUGUGACAAGAUCUUUGGAUCUUUUACCAGCCAGUGUACUUUUAAUCAUGCUGUAACUUUUACUUGUAAAUACAGCUUUUUUAGCAAUGCGUA